ACCUGCGCGCUCAAUUCUCAGCGAGACAUGUGGCUGAGACUUUAUGAAAGCUAUACUUCAAUUUUAGACCCCCCACCCCCACAAAUAAUUACUCUAGUGAAACUCUACCGCAUUUUCUCGCAAAAACGUGGAAGUUGAAAUCGGUUUACUACGAGCAAAGUAGUCGCAGCGGCGUUUGAAGUGGGGAUCAGGGCAGCUUGGGGUCAGACAUGACCGGAGCUGGAAGUGGGGGCCAGGCUCUGCCUGAUGGGAUGGAUACUGAUGAUGCAGAGAAGUGUCCAAUCUGUCUGUGUGUCCUCAGCGGUGAACUGGCCAUGCCUGACAGCUGCUGCCAUGUCUUCUGUCUCGGAUGCCUCCUCACGUGGGCAGAGAUGGUUCCUUCCUGCCCAGUGGACAGAAGACCUUUCAGCAACGUUUACAAAUGGGACAGAAUUCUUGGCUGUGUACAGGUUCCUGUGAGGAGGCGAGCGGUCCGACUUCACACUGAGAACUGCUGCUGCAGAAACCCUGAAAAGAAGCGCUGUGUCAAAAGUAAGAAUGAGAGAAGAUUGAAAUGGCAGAAGGUGGAGAGGACAACAGUUCCCAAAACGAAAGGACUUGUGAGGAAAUGCAACGAGGAGGAUCCAUCUUCCUUGAGCAUAAAAAAGGUGAGAGGAACUGAGUGCUGCACGUGUCUUCCAUCUCCUCUUGGCUCCUUAACAAUAAUGUCAACACAGGACAUUGCAGAGCCUGUUUGGUUGGCAGAACAUAUAUCAUAUGGAACCGACCUCAAACGUCGCACAUCUCAAUGUCAAGAUUGUCCGUGGCUUUGUCCCGCUCUUCCCGUCUCUGCCAGUGGCACCUCAAGUUUCCAUCCUUCCAGCUGGAACUACAGUCAGUUUUCUUUUGGACAGUGGUCAUCUUCCUUCAGCAGCCCCAGUUCACUAUUGGACAGUGGUCAUUCUGUGUUUCAGGGUGUUGUCUGCGCCAUUACUUCUCCGAAAUCUGGAGAGAAAAGAGGCGGCCGAGCUUCAACCUCCAAAGCUCCCACCAAAGAGAAGGAAUCCGUGCCAUCACGGCGAUCCACGCGCAACAGUAAAAGCCAGGAAGACUCUUCUGCAUCUGACCCGUCGCCAGCACCUCAGUCCAUUUCUUCAGACUCCGACUCCUCUGCCAGCCAGUCUGCCAAACCAGACAAGGCUCCUCAGGUACCUACCAAGAGGAAGGGGAAACGGGUAACAAAUCGAAAAGCUAGUGGGAAGCGGAAAAGGACAGCCAGGAAGAAAUGCUCUCCUCAAACAGUCAGCAGCCCAGCGCUGUCUGAGGUGGAGGAGGGUGAUGAAGGCGAUGAGGAUGACCACACAGAGAAGAAUGAGGAGGUCGACCAAAAAGAACAUACAGACGACGCGGCACUGCAACAGUCGAAUGCUGAAGGGGGACUUAAUGCAGUUCAGGAUGAGGAAGGAGACAAACCUGUAAAGGAGCAUACAAACAAUGCUGAGCUGCAACAGUCGGAUGCUGAAGAGAGUCUUAAUGCUGUUCAGGAUGGACGCAUCUGUCCUGAAGAGCAAGUGGAGUUAAAACUCAAUAAUGAUGUGGGGCAAGACAGUGAGGAUACUCAGGGGCAAUCUGAUGAACAUGAAGAGAGACAGAAACCAGACGAGGGAGAAAACUUUCCGUCCUCGUGCUCAGAGUUGGCUCCUCAAAGCUCAGGUUCAUGCUCUGAACAUGAUGAGAGUAAAACAGAGGAGGAACCGCCAACUAGCCCCACUUGUCCAAGAGAAAACAACAUUGAGGAAAGCACGUCACAAUCACCAUCGGUCUCUCAAAAUGUGCCAUCUGAGAACCUCAGUUUUCCCCAGUGUGAAGAGGAGAAAGAGCAAGAACACGAAAUGGACAUUGGUGCAGAGCCCCAAGAAGUUAACGCUGAAGAAUCAUCAACUGACACAAAGACAGAAUCAUGUCAGGGGUUACUAAAGCCUAGUCCUGUCUCUGCUGGAGCGUCUGUGGAAAAUGUACCUGUCCCAGAAGUGGAAACGUCUGAGGAAAUUAUGACAAAAACGUUUGGAUUACAAGAGCAUCCAGUAAAGGGAAAGUCUGUGCAAGGAACUGAGGAGAGCAGUCUAUCCAACGAUGACACUAAUGUUGUUCCCAUGGACUGCAGCUCACCUAUCAGUGAGCAUGGUAAUGAUGUUAUUGUAGAAUUCCCAAGAGAGGGCGCUGCUGUGGCCCCUUCUGCUUCCACAGGACAAGACACCAAGGAAGAGAAGAUCAGCAACCAGCAGCAGAGCGAAAAGAGACAAGAAAGUAAAAACGACAGGCAGCGAUGCUCCCGUUUCCACUCCCCAACAUCCACUUGGUCACCCAAGAGAGACUCUAGGCGGAAUCUUUCCAGGCACUCACGCUCACGGUCUAGAGAGUGUGACAGUAACUCAUUGUCUAGUCACUCUUCCCGCGCUCGCAGCAGAGAAAGGGACAGAGAGCGAAAUGGGGAGCAGGACUAUUCCAGGAGAGAUCGUAGUCGGGAUAGGAGGAGAUGGCGAUCCAGGAGUCGCUCUAGAUCCAGGUCUCGAUCAAGAUCUCGGUCCAGAACAAGGUCCUACAGGCGAGGACCCAGCCCUGAAUGGCCAGCUUCCAGAGAUGAUUCUCCCCAAUGGACAGACCGUCAGGACAGGUGGAGGUCUGCGCGCGGUGGAGGGUCCGGUGGGGAGGCACGGAGAUUUCGUGGAGGCGCUAGCCGCUUUGAUAAUGGUGCAUUCAGAGAACCCUCUCCUGACCGACAGGGCUGGUCAGAAAAUCCUGACUGGGUUACAGAAAAGACUCGUAGUGACAAUGAGGGGAGGAACCGUGACUCUGGCUUUAGUGGCACUUCAUGGUGGGAGGACCACCGCAACAGUGGGGGGGACAGGCCAGACUCGAGGGGCUGUGGUGGAUUUGGACGUGGACGAGGCAAUAACAACUGUUCCUUCUACAACCAGCAGGAGGACAUGGGUGAAAACCGCUGGCAUCCCCGAAACAACUUCUCAGGUACAGGAAACAGUUCAGGGAAUGAUGCGUACAGUCGGUUCAACGAAAACCGUGCUGGAGGUCGGCGGAAAGACUAUGAAUCAAGCGAGCCUAUGGUGGAUCGGUCAGGCUGGUCGUCGGCAUCCAGCUGGGCCGUUCGGAGGACGCUACCUGCAGAUGUUCAGGAUUAUUACUCCAGAAGACAGAGAGGAGGAUCAGGCGGGUGGAACCGACAGGAAGAGGAGCAGCCAGCAGCAGAUCCCCCUCAGAACGAGCCCCCUCCUGCUUCUCAGGCUGUCCCGGGUAAUGCGCCGGUGCCUGUGAUGAACAUGAUGCCACCGCCGCCUCCUCCGCCUCCCCCUCCUCCUCCUCAGCUGAAUGUUCUUCAUCACUACCCCAUGCCGGGGCCACUAGCAGCCCUUCCUGUCACGUUGCAGCCCGCAGCACCGUACGCCAUACCUCCUCAGGUCCCUGUGCACCUUCACCCUGCUGUGCCACUGCUUCAAGUGCCCGCUGUCAGCGCGCAGGCUCUCCCACCUCCUCCGCCGCCACCCCCACCCAUGCAGCAAGGCAGCCAGACGGCGGCGGCACAACCUGACGGCCCCACGACACAGGUGGUCAGCAAUGUGGUGAGUUUUGUGAAGCCCCCGCCGCCUCCUGCACCACCCAGAGCUGUGGUAGCUGUGGUGAAUCAGGGUCACCCAGCAGUGACCCAGGCGCUGCCGUCAUCUACGACCCAGACAGGGCAUCACAACAAGGCUCAAGCUGACAGCUCCAAAAAAGAAAAGCAGAAACAACAGAUUCAAGAAAAAGCUAUAAAUGAAGUGAAGACAGCCAUCAAACCCUUUUACCAAAACAAGGAAAUCACGAAGGAGGAGUACAAGGAGAUCGUACGCAAAGCAGUAGAGAAGGUUUGUCACAGUAAAAGUGGCGAGGUGGAUUCCAGUAAAGUGGCCAACCUGGUGAAGGCCUACGUGGACAAAUACAAGCACGCCCGCAAAAAAUAAACUCCGCCCUGCUGAUGGAGUGGCCAUGCCCUCACAGACACCCCUUCAGCUGCACAAGUGCAAUUUCUUCCAGCUGGAAUUUGGCCUCCAAACUGACAAAUAACUGGGAGGAGGCUAAUUUUUUUUCUUUCUUUCUUCCCCCCCUUCCCCUUUUUGAUAUCUUUACCUUUUGCUGAAUGAUUUUUUUGUUUUCACCCUUUCUAUAAAUUUUCAUAUUUUGUUAGAUAAUGUAUGACCCAAUCACACCUUAUAAUGCAAGAGCCCUUUAUUUUGUGUAGAUCCUGAAGGACGUGCGGGAUUGAUAUUAAAGAUGCAACGCUGAUGUAAUAGAGGUUAUCUCCCAGAAUUCCUGCUGAUACGUUGAAUUUCUCCUGUGACAUCCCGAUCUUGUAGCUUAUUAAACUGAAUAAUGUUAUUGUAUUUUUGUUUUUUAAUGUUAUAUUUCAGAAGAAAAGGCUACUUUAAAAAAAAAAAAACACUGUAUUGGCUUAAUCAUUGACCUGUGGCCCAGGGAUUGUGACUGUAAUCAGGGCUCUGAGUGGUCAAGGAGUCAAAGCGUGCCAGCCAAUCAGCAGUGAGUGUGUAAAGUGAGCACCAGAUCUUCUGGAUGAAUGUGUAAUUAAUGUCAGUGUGUGAAUGUGAGCUGGAUGUCCACAGACAUAAAAUAAAUGAGCUGCUUCCUGA